UGAUCAUAUUGUGACUGACAGAACUUGUUUCAGGCCUUAAUGCAAACUUUCCCCAGUGCCCUGUGUAAGUUCGUGCCCUCUGUUUUCCUCAUUUCAGUUGCGGAGGGCAGACAGACACCGGUGGCAGCCGCAGCCAUCGUGCACGCUCCGGACAGAGAGCGGCAGACAGAGCAGUGCACGCGCACCGCUCUACUCGACCACAGCCGGCGGCACCGGACCGCGUUCACGCGCGAGCAGCUGUCCCGGCUGGAGCAGGAGUACGGCAAGGAGAGCUACGUGUCCAGACCUCGGCGCUGCGAGCUGGCCACCGCGCUCAAUCUACCAGAGACAACAAUCAAGGUUUGGUUCCAGAACCGGAGGAUGAAGGACAAACGUCAGAGACACUCCCUGCCCUGGCCUCACCACCUCGUCGACCCUCUAGGGGCGCUGUUGAUGGGCCGUGCCUCACCUUCCUCCACACUGCCGUACCCCUUUCUCCCACCCCACCUCCCUCACCUCCCCCUCCACCAUCACUACCCCCUGACUCUCUCAUCACCCGCAUCCACAGCUCACAGUCGCUACAGCGCCCCCAUGAGGACCCUGGAUGCGCUCCGCCUUUCACAGUACCACCACAGAGCAGCGGGGUUGCCUCCACCCACGGCAGCCCCCUACCCCUCCAGCAGCAUCGUGCACCACCCUGCUUCAUGUCCCUGUCCGCUCUGCCUGCACUGGGGAUCAGAACAGCUGCUCAAAGCCAGAGGGGAGGCGCUGGGACUGAGCCAAGACCUCACUCCUAAGACCAGAACCCAGCCUGCCGGUCUGGAGCGGAGGGAAGAGAUGGUGUAAAAUCAAAAAGGAACUACGUCACUCUGAUCUAAAUCUGUGACACUCUUAGUCUACCAAGCUGCUGAGAAGAAUCAGCAGUUCACUGUGACUUCAUCACUUUGACCGACAUGAUGGAGCUGAACAGAAUGACAGAACACUGAGAGGUGAAAACACAAAGAACAGACUGUCCACUACGUGCUCAUUCUCAAGGUCCCGUUGACACAGGAUUUUUGUGAUGAUAAUCUACCACCAAAAACACCUGGCAUGAUUUGGACUUUUCUCGUUUUAUAAAUCUGGUUGUCGAGAGGAGCUGCAGCAGCUUCAAGAGGCCGUCUUUAUUAUGUCUGAUAUUAAAAUGUGCAAGCAGCACUGGAGCACAAAGACACUGGCCUCUUCUAUAUUCUGAGUGCACAACAGAGCUGUAACAACCUUCUCCCGUCACUGCACCUUUGUGCUUUUACACUGAAUCUGCAACAGUGUAAUAUUGGUGUCCAGUGUGUGAAUUCCCCAUGCAAGAGUCUUGCUGUGUGCACAUACAGUGAGACAUGUACAGACACACACAGAGCGCUGUUCCGCCCUGCCUCCUCUUUUAUUUCACGCCCCUGCAACAACCCUGUUACUACCCUGAUGUCGGCACAACGACGGGACAACUUAUCCCACAACCUUUUUUUUUUUUAAGUCAUAUUUUUGGGGAUUUUCGCCUUUAUUGAUAGGACAGCUGAAGAGAGACAGGAAAUGUGGAGAGCAAAGGGGAAGACAUGCAGCAAACAGACAGGGCCGGGAGUUGAACCAGCAACCGCUUCAAGGAGGACUAUAUAGCCUCUUUAUAUGUGGCGCUUCGACCACUAGGCCAGCGGUGACAAGACGUCACUGAGGCCGAAGUAUCCCACCUCAGACUAGCAAUUUAAUGAGGCUUAUUUUGCUCUCUAGCACAGUUUUGGGAGACAUUAAACUCUCUGCGGUUGCUUUGAGAGUUAGAUGGAGGUUUCUCUGUGUCUCUUUCGUGUAGGGUUUAGCAGAAGCAAAAACAACACCUCCAUUCUUUGUGACUCAGAACUCUAAAUACCAGACAAAAAAUCAGAAAAACUGCAAUUAUUUUAGCAAAUUCAGAAGGACUUGAACCCAUCACUGUUCAGUAGCAUGCAGAGAAAGUUUUCAAAGUAAUUCCCAGCACACCAGACUGAACCAAGCAUGUCUUUGUCUUUAAUGUUCAGGACUACUUCUGGCAGAUUGUUGGAACAGUCUGCAGUAUCUGAGCUUAAACAUUCAGUCUGCCUAAUGUACAGAUGUUGAGGGCUCAGACCUUAAAGGGGAUUUUUUAUAGAGGUGUGAUAAAACUUAAGCAUCUAGAGCAUCAGUUGAAAUAUCUCAUAGAUGUCGAGUUUCUUCACUUCCUGCAGCCUGAAACAUUUUGUCUUCUGUUUAUUGUCUUCUCCUUUUUACGGUCUCGUCUGAACACUUCUUAAAAAUCCUAAAGGACGAGCUUCACAGUAAGAUCUGGCUGAAAAAUUAAGUUCUUCAUUCUACAUACGUCAUAAGUUUGUUGAAAUUGAAGUUUUCUAUCAUCAUAAGAACUGUUACUUUUUUUUCGACUGGAAACUUGAAUUAUAGAUUCUUAUUUUAAAAAAAAGUCUUUAUUUAACUUUAAUGUUUCCAUUCUUUAAAACCCUAAAAUCACAGCUGUAUAGAAAAUGAUGAUGAUUUCAAAACUGUCUGCAAGAAAGUUGAACAUUCACGUUGCCUUAAAUAUUAAUGUCUUUGUCUGAUUCUCUGUCUUAUUAAUGUUGCUUCCAUUUCAUACUGACAUCUGUCACUCUGUUUGCUCGAGUGAUGAGCUGUUGUAGUUUUUUCUGCACUUUAAUGCAAACCAAACACUUUGUUCAUGCUCCGAUCGGUAACGCUUCCUGCUUGUUUUCUGAGAUUCUUUCACCCUGUGCCUGAGUGGGGGGAUGCAAAUCAACAAACAGUACACAGCUACAACAGUAGUGCACAAGUUGGUUUGUAGUUUUGUGUUUGUUUAAUUCGAUUAAGAUAAAAAACGAUGACAAUGAUGAGAAAAAAGCACAAACAAACAUUGUAAAGGGUCUUUAAAUUGCACAAGGUGAACACUUUACAUUUUAUGGUUGAUGGUUUUCUCUGCUGUAACACCAAUGACUACUACUUUUAUUUAUUUGCUCCAUUUUUAAGUUGAAGUUAGAUUCUCUCUGACAUGUUUUAGUAGAGAGGUGAGGGCACAUGAAACUCCUGUUAAACCAGACAUACUUCUAGUAGAAUGGAGUCAUAGCCUGAUCAUGUAAGAUGCAUGUUUUAGCAUUGAGUGCUCAAAAAACAUACAGAAUGAAUUCAAAUAAAAUCCUCUGGACUAAGA